UCCUGGGAAUUUUUUAAUUAUGUCGUCAACAUAGUGGCGCGCAGCUAUAUGUUGUUACUGAAUGAAAGAGAACAGUAUCCCGGUGUCAUAUAUAAAUGAAAUUCUUCUUUUGAAUGAUUAUACACAUUCUAAGUGUUUGAAGUGGAAAAAAGGUUGAAGACGAAGAUCUCGCGACCGGAAACAUAGCAAUUUUAAUGGAAUGGGAAACGCAUUCGAAGCUUAACAGUUUUCAGAUACCGCUCGGUGUCCUUGGAACAUUAUACCUCUUGAGGUCAGUUUAUGAGUAAAGUGUCGUAUUGUAAAAGCCUUAGUUAAUGGAAUCUCGUCAUGUCUGUGAAACAAAACGGACCGGAUGAGAAGAAGAUGCGACCGAAAGAGAAAACGGAAAAUGCGCGGAAUUCUGAUGAUAAUUUCCAUCCACCCGAUGGUGGAUGGGGUUGGAUUAUCGUAAUCGCUGCAGGAUUCUCUAACUUUUGCAUACUACCAGUGUUGCAAUCCUUCGGACUAAUAUUUAGAGACAGAUUUACGGAGUUAGGAAUCAACUCGUCGCAAACAACAACUAUAUUGAACAUGAAUAUCGCGGUGACUGCUUGCAUCGGAUUAGCAAAUGGGCCACUGUUCAGGAAGUUCAGCUAUAGGCAGGUGUCUUUCACAGGCGCUCUUAUUUCCGCUGUGUCGAUUAUGGUACUAUCGAGAAUGAAAACUUUUACCGGAGCAUUAAUUUUCUUUUCGUUUUUAUAUGGUGCUGGAACUGGUACAGCAAUGUCGGCGAAUUCGUUGGCUUUGAAUACUUAUUUCAAACAAAAACGAAGAAUCGCGACUGGUCUCAGUUGGACUUGCACUGGCAUGGGACCAAUUGUAAUACCACAGGUAAUCACAUUGUUGAUGCCCAAGUACGGUAUCGAGGGAACCAUUCUAAUAUUUGGUGGGAUUGCGUGUAAUGCUGUCGCUUGUGCUCUUCUUUUGCAACCCGUUUCAAUGCACGCGAAACAAAAACGAAAUACUGAGAAAUUAAUCAUCAAAGAAAUUUCAGAUACGUCACCAUACAGUAAGACGACAGAGCCAUUGAACAAAAAUGGGAAAAUUAGCGUUCAAAGCAGAUCGUUGGAUAACAUCGUUGGCGGUGUACGAAACAGCGACGGUACUUUCAGCCUUGCGAAGGGGAAAUUCGGUAGUCAGUAUUUGUAUUACGACGACGAAGAAGAUGGAGCUUCCGGGAUAGACGUAAUGGGCCCUGGUGCCAUUAUGAUGUCACGAGCUAACGAUGGUUGGUUCUCCAGAAAAGAUACGUCAACUGUGUCAAUAACAUCUCGAACAUCGAGGAAGGAUAACACUUCGAGAAAUCCCAGCCGAAGACCGUCGAUAUCUUUGAGCAGGCAAUCCAGUCUCAACACAGGAUCGUCGGUAAGAAAUCUUAAUAGACAAAACAGCGAAACAGAAAGCUAUCGACGGAGAAUUUCGUGUUAUCAAGCACCUGCCCUUCCACUGAUCAUUCUCAACGAGUCCUGCGAGCACGCUGAAGACUCUGAACAGUGCAAAGAUCCUGAUUGCAGUCAGAAACUACAACAGAAGUCGGCCAUACCUGAGAAACUAGAAACUGCUAAUUUGUUGGAAGAGGAAUGUGUCAAAGAAGAGAGGAAAACUUUUCUGGAAGCCGUGAUAAUGUUUUUCGACCUUGAUCUCCUUCGUGAUCCUAUUUACGUAAACAUGAUGCUGGGCAUCACGUUCGCCAAUUUCGCGGAAAUGAAUUUCUCGUUAUUGACACCGUUCAUUUUGAGCGAAUUCGGAUUUUCGAAGAUCCGAGUCGCAACUGUGAUGUCGAUUCUUGCUGGGGUCGACGUGGCCACCAGAUUGACGAUUCCUUUUAUUGCUGAUUGCAUCGGCUGGCAAAACAGGACCUUCUUCCUCGUUGGAAUCUCUGGAAUAGCACUUGGUCGUAUCGUGCUGGCUUACACAGGCGAUUUUGGAGUGACUAUAGCAAUCGCAGUUCUAGUUGGCGCAGGCAAAGCUUUGCGAACAAUAUUUAUGGCCCUCGUGAUUCCAAGUCAUGUGCCUUUAUCGAGGCUCCCAGGUGCAACUGGUAUACAACUGCUAGCUGGUGGCGUGACUUCGUUGAUGCUGGGUCCAGUUGUGGGUUGGAUCAGAGAUAUUACAUCGGACUAUGGGAUCAUGCUUCACUGUCUCAAUGUUUUCACGUUCUUGACUGUGAUUUCCUGGUCCCUUGAGAUUUAUUUCACGAAACGAAAAUCGAGAAAAGCAAUGGAAAAUAAAAUGGCGCCAAACACACCAUUAAAUGUUUAAUCUUGUGCAGUUUUUAAUAUAUUUAAAUGGAGAAACAAACAUUUCCACAAGAAGGAUUUGUUAAUAGGUUGAUAGUAUUAUUUAAAAUAAAAUGAACAAAAUAAUAUUAGACACAUUCGUUUAAUUUUAAUGGCCUUAAAGGUUUCGAAGGAAACAGACUAUUUAUUAUGUAACUUCAUUUUCUAAAUACCUUAUUAAUUCAUCUCUUCACUCUCCGUUCACUAUCGUCACCAUGCUAAUAUUUUACUAUCCGUUCGAUUUUUUUCCUCAUCUCACCCACACUUCUUUCUUCUUCGUAUUUCUUUAAUUUGUGACUUGAUCUCUUAAUUUAAUUACGUUUGCAAGGAAACCAUGAAUUGAUGUAUUCCGAUAAUAAAAUAAUAAAUCAAUGAAAUUCAAAAACAAAUAUUUGAAUCCUUCACAAAAUAUAUAUUAAUAUGCCAACGUAUGAUAAUUAGAAAUUGAAUGUGACUAUUAUUACAGAACGCGUCAAUAAGAAUGUCGUAACAAAUCCAAUUCUUUCUUGUGAUAAAUGUGGCUGAUAGUGCACGACGGGGAUGUCGUUUUUACAGAUUAGAUUAAUUGGUAGAUUGUGUCGGCGCUUCUUUUUACAGAUUAGAUUAAUUGGCAGUUUGUGUCGGCACUCGUCCGUAUCGAAAUUGAUCAGUUUUCAUUCGAAACGAACGCUUUGACACCUGUCAUCGUGACUACGCAAAACCAAUAUUAUUCUUGUGGAACUGUGUCUCUAAUUUCCAUUUGUUUAUUGAAAACACUCGAAAGCUAUCGCAAACAGCGCGAUACGACGUACAGCGGAUUCUGUGGGAUGAGUUUUCCGUUGAAAUUGGUGGUGAUGUGACAAAUAGGGAUUAGGGAAAAUUAAGCAUGUUUGAACAGUGAUAUUGUUGUUUGCCUGGACGUACGUUGCAAGGGAUUAAUUUAUUCCAAGGAAAGAAGAUCUGAAUGUAGCAGUCACGUCACGAGGUAGUUGAAUUGCAACAAAUUUGAUUUACAAAAAUAUUAUUUCAUUCGAGUAAAUUAACGCAAUAUAACGACAUGUAGUUAGCAACAAAACGAUAAAAAUCGUUCAUUUGUUCGCUAUUGGUACAGGAACGAAAUAAACAUGUCGGCAGAAGAAACUGUGAAAGUGCCUCCGGAUGGAAAAUGGGGGUGGAUGAUUGUUUUGGGGCAUGCUUUAAAUGGGGAUUCGUAUUUUUAAUUCAAAAUGAAACUGCUAUUCUCAGAUCUCGACGAUAUCUCUUAUGCAAGGAUUCGGGUUGAUAUUUAAAGACACUUUCCCACGCUUUGGGAUCAACGCGACAGAGGGGGCGGUUAUUAUUAAUACGAAUUUAGCUUUUGGUAUGCUACUUGGAUUAAUUAAUGGAC